AUGGUGUCAAACUUAAAAAGAAAUCAAGGCUCUCUUUGGUCCUGGCAGCUGCAGGAAGAUGACAAAGGGACAUCUUUGUUUGGUAAGCGCCAGAAUAAGACGCACCCUUUGUGCUGUCCUUGUGGUUCCAAGGCAUACCAUCUUCAGAAGUCAACAUGUGGAAAAUGUGGAUAUCCUGCUAAACGCAAGAGAAAGUAUAAUUGGAGCGCAAAAGCUGAGCAACACAACACCACUGGUUGUAGUCUGAUGAGGCACCUAAAAAUUGUCUAUCACCGAUUCAGGAAUGGAUUCCGUGAAAGAACAACACCCAAACCCAAGAGAGCAGCUGUUGCAGCAUCUAGUCCAUCUUACAGAUUCAACUGUUUGUUAAAAUAA